AUGUCCAGGGAAUAUCGGAAACCUACACCACCAUCGACCUCGAAGCCACCUGCACCCCCGAAACCGGGAACGCGAGCGGCUUCCCAACCCAAGCCUGGAUCACGUCUCCAGACCCCGGUUGAACCCACCGCCGACCACCUCAGUGCACUACCCGCCGCUUGUCGUGGCGCCACCUCAGAAAAUGCGCCAAAUCCGGGGCGCAGCCCGCAUCACGGACUGGUCAGCUUUUCCCACCACGCCUUUCCCCCUGCUCCCAUCCCCGAAGAACUACCAGGCAUGGGCAUCAUACGCCCUCCACACCCAUCAAUCAUGCACCCGAUGUAUUUGUACCUCCACCCUCAGCCCCCGCAGUAG